GCUAUAUGCUCACUCAGAGUCAGAGACAAGUUGCCUCGCAAGGAGUUCUAAGCGUUCAGCUGCAAACAACCCUCGCAAACACCACGAAGUUGCAAUCAACACGAAUACUGACAGCACAGUGCUAUAACAUUGCUGCGUCGGUUGCGUGUUUCUGUGUUCAGCUGCCAGCCUGCUGCAUCCGGCUGAGGGCAGCAACUCUCCGGCGUGAGAUCCACUAGAUGGCCGGGUUCCAGAAACCCGCGACGCCCGAGCGGAAGCCAAGGGGCUGGCAUGCUUUCACUGCUUCCCAGCGCGGUUCAAGCAACACCGCCGUUGAGGCGUUUCCAAGCUUGAGCCCAAUGCAGACGGCGGCUCCAGAUCUCAACCCGAGCCCCUCACAAAACGCUCCCCGUCGGAAUGCAAGGUUUUCUCAGGGGGUUGACGGCAGGCGUGUCAGGAGCAACUCGCCGCCGGCAGUCGGUGGGCGCGUGCAGGGCAGGGGGGGAGUUUUCCAAGAGAAGGCGCCCCCUGCUAGAAAUGGAUCCCACGGUGGGAAUGUUGUUUCAGGGGCCAAUGGUGCGAGCGGGUCAGAGAGCGCCAGCUGGCGGCGGCGGGUUAGUGGUGGUGACAUGCGGGGAGAGGCGGUGCGGCGGGUAAAAGCCGUUGCUCCAUCUGCGGACUCCGCCUUGAUCCAAGACCUGCUAGAGGCGCUGAACGGUGAUGUCACCGCUGUCAUCGCGCAGCUAGAGGAAAUGGGCCUCUGCGAGUCGGCCCAGAGUGACGUCACGACCGCCCAUGUCGAAAAUGGUUUAGGAGGAUUAAGCCUGGUUAAUGAUGAAAGUCGUGAAGGUGCCAAAAGAGGGGGAUCCCUCAGGCGGAGCAGCAGGAGCGAAGGGGAGUUGGCGGAACUAGAAAGAGGGGCUUUUCGGGACGGGUUUGGAGACGCAGGCUGGGGGGAUCAAACAGGGGAUGGUAGGGAGCCGGAGCAGGACCCGUAUUACAAGUAUCGAGGAGAGGCCAUCCAGAUAUCGAGGGGUCGCGCCAGGCACGCAAAGAGCGCCGCGAGUGCAUUCACAUUGGGCGACCACGCGCGAGCCCGGGAGCUGUCCCGACUGGCGCGGGAGGAGGGAAAGAUUGCGCGAGAGUUGCACGCACAAGCCGCUGAAAAGAUCCUGCAAGAGCGAAACGCGGACAGACUUGGGGGAAUAUGGGAGAUUGACCUGCAUGGACUCCAUGCAAACGAGGCCGUAUUGGCACUCGCUGCACGGCUAGAAGAACUAGAGGCGGAGCUUUUUGCCCUGCUGAGCUCGCCCGCGGGAAGCAUCCCCUCCGGUGGGAAUGCGCCCUGGAGCGGUGUAACUGCGCCUAGCGUCUCGUCGGGCGGCCGAAAAGCGUCCGAAGGCGUCCCGAAAGUGUCCGAGUUCCCGUCGUUCCGGAAGGAGCUGAUGGUCAUCACAGGGUUGGGCAACCACAGCAAGGGCGGUCCGACGCUCCCGUCGAUCGUCAGCAGCUUCUUAACCGAGAGCGGAUAUCUGUUCCGCCAAGCACGCGCGGGUGUGCUCGCCGUUCGCCCGCGCUAUAGGUAUAUAAAAAGGCAAAGUUAGUGCCAGGGUUUGGGUAUCAGAGUAUGCGAGGAACAUUUUUUUGUCGCAAGUAUUGAUUGGCAACAUUUGCAAGACUUGUUUUCGUCGGAAUUGGGUCACCAGUGUGCGACGCUCUUGAACACCAUCUGUCUUUUGAUUGCUGAAGUCGAUAAUAACGGUAAUCAGGUCGU